AUGGUGCAGAACCAUGAGUCUUCUUCUCCUUUAAAGCCGGUUAUUAUGAUGGUGGUUACCCAGAUUUUGAACACUGUGAUGAACAUAAUGUAUAAAUUUGUUACAGUAACAGGGACGAACUUGAAUGUUUUCGUUGCCUACCGACUGAUGUUUUCAGCAGCCUUUAUGGUUCCGCUGGCUCUAAUACUCGAAAGGGCUGCUCUGCCACAAAACUUAUAUAUUCUGAGUCUAGCGCUAACAUCACCCACAUUCCUUGCGGCCAUCAACAAUCUCAUGCCAGCCACUACCUUCGUCGUCGCUCUAUGUUUCCGGCAGGAGAAGUUGACGAUGCGAAAUUCUGGCAUAGCCAAAAUGGUUGGGACUGUGGUUGGAAUAGGAGGAGCAAUGCUUUUCAUUUUCUACCGAGGACCUGUAUUCACAUUUUGGGCCACUCAUAUUGACCUUCUACAGCAAUAUUACGGCACUAGAAGCGUCUCAUCCUCAAGCCACAUGAGCAAUCCUGCGUUGGGCCUCCUCGCAGGAUUCGGCAGCAGCUUGUGCUUCUCAUUGUGGCUCGUAAUGCAGGUGAAGAUGAGUAAGAGUUACCCCUGUCCAUACUCAAGCACGGCUUUGAUGGCCAUCAUGGGAUCCAUUCAGAGCGUUAUCUUUGCACUUUGCGUAGAGAGAGAUUGGAAUCACUGGAGGAUGGGUUGGGAUAUUAGGUUGUGGACAGCUGCAUAUUCGGGAAUUGUGAUUUCUGGAGUGGCAGUGGUUGUGAUGUCUUGGUGUGUACAAAAGCGAGGGCCACUUUUUGUGUCAAUUUUUUCUCCACUUACCCUGUUGAUGGUAGCCUUUGCUAGUUCCUUGUUGUUAGGGGAAAACUUUAGCCUCGGAAGUGUAUUAGGAGGAGUUCUAAUUGUGUGCGGGCUAUACAUGGUGCUUUGGGGAAAAAGCAAAGAAGGACCAUCGCCGCUUGUGCUACCCUCGUUGACAACAGCUCCCCUAAUUUCCAAGUCCGUAGAUAGCGCUCCGGUUCAAACGAGUGUUGGAUGA